CGUAAAUAUUUUGAAAAAAUUGCUUGCUAAUUAUUUACGUUAUAUCUUAGUCAUAUUACAAGUUUACAACUUUGUUCCGCUAUUUGUGAAUAACUGGAUAUGUAUCGAUAGCGAGGCACAGCAAUUUAGACGGCAACUAUGUUUCAUUACUUUUUAAUUGGAUAAAACGUCGACGUUUUACUCUAUUAUCGCCCAUGGAUGGACCUUUGAAAAAUAUAAAUGAAUUGAAUCCAUAGAUGCCUGUCUACGUGGAUAUUGUUUCCUCCAGUAGUUACUGUAUCUUUUAUUUAUAUCAAGAAUUGGCCAACAGCAUAUUUACACCUAGUUAGUCUAAAUAAUCGAGAAUCAAAAUGAGUUCAUUCACUCCAAAAUUUUGGAAACCAGGGAGUGAAAAGCCUGGAGAGUUGUUAUCAGAAGAGCGCAACAGAUCUUCUGAAAGUACUGCUAUCAUAUACAAUCCCAAUGUGUCUAUGUCUAUUGAAAGUCAGCGAACUAGACUACCUGUAUUUAAGCAUAGAACCAACAUCCUGUACCUUGUGGAAACCUACCAGACUGUUGUCAUAGUAGGGGAGACAGGAUGCGGCAAAAGUACACAAAUUCCUCAGUACCUCCUUGAAGCAGGAUGGGCGGCUGAGGGACGCGUAAUUGCAGUAACACAACCUAGGAGGGUGGCUGCUGUUACGGUGGCGACACGUGUGGCUGAAGAGAGAGGAUGCAUGCUGGGUAAUGAAGUGGGUUAUUGCAUACGAUUUGAUGAUGUCACAAAUGAAGUAAACACUAGAAUUAAGUUUCUUACUGAUGGUAUGCUAGUACGAGAUAUGAUGGAUGACCCCCUUCUCUCUAAAUACAGUGUGAUUAUGCUGGAUGAGGCACAUGAAAGGACACUUCACACAGAUAUAGCUCUGGGCUUGCUGAAAAAGAUUCUGAAGAAACGGAAAGAUCUCAGACUCAUCAUAGCAUCAGCAACAUUAGAUGCAAAGAGGUUCCGUGACUUCUUCAACCUGAACACCACAUCAGAUGCCAAACAUGAUACAGCAGCUAUCCUUACAGUUGAAGGCAGGAUGUUUCCAGUAGAUGUCUUCUAUUCAUUAGACCCUGUGCCUGAUUAUGUGAAAGCCACUGUUGAGACAGUCAUGAAGAUCCACCAUAAAGAACCAGAGGGAGAUGUCUUAGCUUUCCUCACUGGGAUGGAUGAAGUGGAGCAUGUAACACGCUUACUCAUAGAUGAAGCCAGGAAGCUGGGCAAGGAUAGCAUGAAAAUGAUGGUUGCCAGGAUGUAUGGCAGUCUCCCUGCUUCAGAACAGAUGAAAGUAUUUGAAAGAACCCCAAGAAAUGUUCGGAAGAUAGUGGUAGCUACUAAUAUUGCUGAGGCCUCUAUUACAAUUAAUGGCAUUGUAUACAUAGUUGACUGUGGCUUUGUCAAAAUUAAAGCAUACAACCCAAAAUCAGGAAUAGAAUCUCUGGUUGUGACAGAGGUAUCUCAAGCGUCAGCAGAGCAGAGGGCGGGAAGGGCAGGGAGGGUGCGAUCUGGCAAAGCUUACAGACUUUAUACUGAUGACUCGUUUGAAAAACUGCCAGUAUCUUCAGUACCAGAGAUACAGCGGUCAGACAUGGCUGGAGUUGUUUUGCAGCUGAAGGCACUGGGUAUAGACAACAUUGUCAGAUUUGAUUUCCUUUCGCCACCCCCAGCAGAAAGUAUGGUUCGUGGUGUGGAACUGUUGUAUGCCUUGGGAGCACUAGAUGACCAUUGUCACCUCACACAACCAUUGGGCGCACAAAUGGCUGAAUUCCCUCUUAAACCUAUGUUUUCUAAAAUGCUUCUAAAUUCAGAUGAAUUUGGAUGUUCAGAGGAGAUGCUUACCAUAGCAGCAAUGACUCAGAUAGAGAAUGUAUUCAUUACACCCCCUGGACAGAAACAACAAGCUGUUCGAGCAAAGCGCAACUUUUCAGUGGAAGAAGGAGAUCACCUUACCUUACUGAAUGUCUAUACAGCUUUUAUCAAGUACAAGAAAAAUUCUCGCUGGUGUCAUGAAAACUUCCUGAAUUAUAGAGGUCUCUGUCGUGCAGUUAAUAUCCGAGAACAAUUACUACGUCUUAUGAAGAAAUUCAAGAUUCCAAUGACAUCCUGCGAUGGU